CAGUUCAAAAUAAGAAGACAUUCAUUUGUUAUUUUUACAACACAUUUGCUGUAAUGUUUAAUUUCUUGUUAGUUUUUCAGCCUUUAAGAGAUGAACGUGUCCUCUGCCAAUGUGACCGUGGUUGUAGAGUACAGAGACUCCCUGGCCAAAGCUGUGGCCAAGAAUGUGAUCGUCGUGGCCCUCAGCAUCUCCAUCAAUUACAUCAAUGCAGGACUCAUUCAAACCUUCCGCAAACACCAGAUUUUCUACACAAACCCUCGGUAUAUCUUGUUUUUCCAUCUGGUGAUCAAUGACAUGAUGCAAGUGGCGCUGACUGUCAUCCUAUUCAUCGCCAGCUACAUCCUCUACAAGAUACAUGUCUCCAUGUGUUGCAUCAUCAUCAUGCUUGCUCUGUUCACCACUGAAAACACUCCUCUGAACCUGGCCUGCAUGGCAGUGGAGUGCUACAUCGCCAUCUGCUUCCCCUUUCGCCAUGUUCAGAUCUGCACCGUCAAAAGAACAUUAAUGCUGAUUGGUUUAAUCUGGGUAAUCAGCAUGUUAUCUGUUCUUCCUGAUCUCUUCGUCACCUUGGCUACACAGCCUCUUGAUUUCUUUCACUCUCAUGUGUUUUGCCUCAGGGAAACUGUAUUUCCAAAUCCCCACAUCAUCAAGAAGAGGGACAUUACAUAUAUUGUAUAUCUGGUUAUAGUUUGGUUUGUUAUCUUUUAUACUUACUUCAAGAUUCUGUUCACUGCAAAAACAGCGAGCAAAGAUGCUAAAAAGGCCAGAAAUACAAUCAUCAUCCACGGGUUUCAGGUUUUGUUAUGUAUGGCUACAUAUGCAGAUCCUCUGCUGAAACAGGCUCUCCUGCUAUGGUUCCCUAAGAAUUAUUCAGAUUCCCUCUUUGCCUGUUACAUUAUUAUCCAGGUCCUGCCUCGAUCCAUUAGUCCAAUCAUCUAUGGUAUAAGAGAUAAAACUUUCAGGAAGUACCUAAAAAAGUACCUCAUAUGUAAAGUUAGCCCACAGUAA